AUGCGUACUGGUAGACUCAUUGAACUUGUUGAGUGGAGGUUCGGAUCUGCAAGUGCUGAUAUCAUGGAACAUCUGGCUGCACUGGGGUUUGCUACCGCCUGUGAGCUAGAAGCACACGUCUUGGGAGAUGCGGACUCGUCAAAGUUGAUGGAUAAGGGUCGUUUUCGAGCUCUACUAAAGCAGCUGAUCACUUCAAACUUUAUUCUUACGCCCCGCGAGGCACAUUUCCACGCACCUUUUGAUUCUCGUCUGGAUGCGGAACGCUACUUACGUGGUCAUGGCAUGCUCCAGCAAGGAACUGCGAAGAAAAUCAAGGCUGAGGGCGAUGCAAGGGUCGACGCCGAGCUCGGGCAGCGUCUCGAUGGAAAAGUUUCUUGGCCACAGGUUCUGCACGAGCUUGAGGCGAGCUCUAGCCGGGCCGGUAUCUUACUCUCGAUCGAUUAUUCGAAUUUGGUUCUUCACAUUCGCAAUGAAAGGGUAGCAGAAAAUGCAGAAAAGAUUUUCGGCCGACGCACGGCAGAAGUUGCUCGAGCAGCAUGUUUACAGCUAGAAGACCUCGACACACGACCCUUGAAACUACGACUGUCGGACAUUCCUGGAGAAUCGUUGCAGAGACUGGACAUCCCCCAGAUAAGCCGCUCAAUCUCUAUCUCUUCCGAAGGUCGACCAGCAAUGAGCAAUGGGGACAGCAAUGAAAAUGGUUGGCACGCUGGGGAAAAACUUCAGAAUGGCCAUCAUGAGAACAGAGUCAACGGGACGAGUACCGAUCAUCAAUUCAUUGAAUACCAGCUAGGUGUGUUGGCAGAAGGACCUUUUGAAUUUAUCUUGAGAGAUUCUGCCGCCAAAUCUUGGAUAGUGGACAAGAGCAAACUCACCAGUUUUCUGUGGGAUAAGGAGAUGCUACGGCUUAUCAACGAGAGCGUGAGCGAACCAGCGCUCCGGAUUGUCCGCAUGCUGGCUGAUAAGGGUAAGCUUGAUGAGCGAACAAUGCAGGACAUUGGUCUUCUGAAUGCGAAAGAGCUUCGGAAAUCGCUGGCACAACUGCAGAUGAAAGGUCUCCUCGAGCUCCAAGAAGUACCUCGAGACCCUCAAAGACAACCCAAAAGCACAACAUUCCUCUACUUCUACGACCCUGAAAGAGUGCAGAAGCUCUUCUUAGACAAGUUGUACAAAGCCAUGUCAAGAUUGUACGAGCGCCUGCGGCUGGAACGAGAGAAGCUCGCGUCGACUCUGAGCAAGGUUGAACGGAGUGACGUCCAAGGAAGCGAAGAGGAAAUUCUGUCGCCGGGGGAAUUGCAAUUGUUGCUGCGAUGGCGACAGAAGGAGUGUUGGUUCAUGACGGAGAUCCACCGGAUAGAUGCCUCCGUCGCCAUGCUUCGAGACAUAUGA